GCGGCCGGAGCGGAGUUACAGCGGCGCGGGCGGCGGCGAGGCUGUGAGGACAAGUGAGCAGCGUCGCCAUGUCGCAUGGUCACAGUCACGGCGGGGGCGGCUGCCGCUGCGCCGCCGAACGGGAGGAGCCUCCCGAGCAGCGCGGCCUGGCCUACGGCCUGUACCUGCGCAUCGACCUGGAGCGGCUGCAGUGCCUCAACGAGAGCCGCGAAGGCAGCGGCCGCAGCGUCUUCAAGCCGUGGGAGGAGCGGACCGACCGCUCCAAGUUUGUUGAAAGUGAUGCAGAUGAAGAGCUUCUGUUUAAUAUUCCAUUUACAGGCAAUGUCAAGCUCAAAGGCAUCAUUAUAAUGGGAGAGGAUGAUGACUCACACCCUUCUGAGAUGAGACUGUACAAGAACAUUCCACAGAUGUCCUUUGAUGAUACAGACAGGGAGCCAGAUCAGACUUUUAGUCUGAACCGGGAUCUUACAGGAGAAUUAGAAUAUGCUACCAAAAUUUCUCGUUUUUCAAAUGUCUAUCAUCUCUCUAUUCAUAUUUCAAAAAACUUUGGAGCAGAUACCACCAAGGUCUUUUAUAUUGGCCUGAGAGGAGAAUGGACUGAGCUUCGUCGGCAUGAGGUGACCAUCUGCAAUUAUGAAGCAUCAGCCAACCCAGCAGACCACAAGGUCCAUCAGGUUACCCCACAGACUCACUUCAUUUCCUAAGGGCUGGCUAAGGCUCCCACAGAGGCAGUGUGUCAAUGAAGAUGUACGACUACCUGUUGGGAAGGAAAAAGAGAUGGGGUCUCAAGAUAGUUGGCUGCCACAGCCUCUGCCAAAGCUUUGUCUUUGGGGCUUGCUGCAGAAACCUGGCCUACAGAAGAUACUACACCACCAUGGAGGGUUGUGUGGGUGCCAAGGAACAAUCGUGGUUUCCUAGGGCACUGCAGAAAUUGGGUCUGGGGCUGGUUGGGCAUCUGGCAGUCAUGGAUAUGCUUGCUUCUCCAGUCUGAAUGUGGCCAUGGGAUCCCAAGUGUUUUGUUGCUUUGUGGCAGGAUUUGUGUGUGACCUGUUUUUUAAAAAAUGGAACUAUUUCUGGACUCCAGGAAACUUUCUGAAGCCUCAGGAUUGUGUUUGUAUUAGCCAUCCAGAGGGUCUUUAACUAGAAAUACUCGUCCCUGCUUGCUCCUUUUCCCUGUUAUUGUUCAGCUUUCUUGUCAAGUUGCCCACCUGGGAGUUAUCUUUCACUCAUGAGUGUCCCAUGGUUAUAGCUAGAAGGGCAGGAGGCUCCUGGUGACACUUAAUAGCUUGGGGAGAAGGUCUUUUUCCCAUUGCCUAUGUAAGCAGUCUGGGGAGGGCAUGGGAAUCAUUUCUGUGUGUGUGGGUAUCCUGGUGGGGGUAAGGUGGGACUUGGGUAAGAUUCUUCACGGAAGAUUCUUAUUGUUUAUUAGCUUCUCACUAGUGUAAGCCCCGUGAUGGAAAUCUCUUGAGUUUUUCUGUUCAUGGCUUUUUGUUCACUGUGACUAAUAAGCUUUGUAAUAAAUCCUUGCCAGACUUAAUGUUUGUAUUUCCUUUUGAA